GAUGUGGUUGUGUUAAUCGUGCGCGUUCGGUCAAUUAACUGGCAUCGCUACCAUGAAUUUGACUUCGAGAAUCUGAACAAUUUCCUUGUCCGCGUAUCCCGAUCCUCUUUUACCGCAGUUUGAAGGAAGAUAGGGAUCUCAGGAUGUUCCGAGACCUGGGCAAGACGUCGAUUCUUCUCUCAGAAGUUUAAAGAUAACAUUGGGCCAAAACAAGGACUUGGUGUCAUGAUCUUCAAGGUUCUGGAAUUACCCAUCCCUUCCCGUCACUUCCUGGGUUGUUCCAAGAGCGUAGAUCGAUCUUGGCUGGCGAGUGGAGCAUUCUACCUGGCUUGUUGGCUUACCGCCAGCGCCCAGCAGAAUGAGUGCCCUCCCCAAGAACAUCCAGACGAGCGACCUAGGCCGUGUCUUUGGAGGACAGACUUCAGCAGGAACAAUGGAGGAUUUCGCUUUUUGGAUUGGCUGAUUGCAGGAUGCAGCCUAACGGAUAAUGGCUGUAACAAACUCCCAUCUGAUCGCCAUGUUGAAUAUGAAGGAUUUGAUGGCUGGUAUAACAACAUGGCAAUCCCAAACCUAGGUGCUGUAGAUACGCCUCUGCAACGGCUCCUUCCUACUGCUUAUAGCGAUGGUGUUUAUCAGCCCGUGAAGAGGAAAGUGAAUCCAUUGCAGGCCAGCCAACAGCUUAUGAGUGGUACCAAUGGCCUUUACUCCAAAGCUGCGAGAACAGCAUUUUCCGUUUACUUUGGACAACAAGUAGUAGAGGAGAUAUUGGAUGCUCAAGGCAGAGAAUGUCCUCCCGAGUACUUCAACAUCAACAUUGAACCAGGUCACAAGUAUCGUAAAGAUCGACCCUAUCUGGAGCACCUCCCAUUCCACCGUACUCGAUAUGAUAAAACCUCGGGAUUAUCUCCUAACAAUCCAAGGCAACAGCUGAACGAAAUUACUCCAUAUUUAGAUGGUGGUUUAGUUUACGGUACAAGCAAAGGUUGGGCUGAUGUUUUACGUUACAAUGCUGAUGGAAAAUUGGCCCCAGGUGGGAAACUAGCAUCACAUAGUGAGUUAGGCAAGAAUUUUCCAGCAGAGAAUGCGCAGGCCCUUCCAAUGGCAAAUCCACCCGCCCCAACUAAUCAUAGCCAGUAUAAGGAACAAGGCUUCACCGCUCCCGUUGACAGAUUCUUCAAAUUAGGAAAUCCACGUGGGAAUGAAAAUCCUUUCCUACUGACUUUUGGAAUCCUCUGGUUUCGAUGGCACAACUUGUUUGCUGAGUAUUUUCAGUUCAAACAUGGCAAGAGUUGGAGUGACGACAGAAUAUUCAACGAAGCAAGAAAGUGGGUAAUAGCCACUUAUCAGUCAGUUGUUCUGUAUGACUGGCUACCAAAAUAUAUGAGAGCUGAGCCUGCUGAGUACAAAGGAUAUAAUCCCACAAUAAAUCCACAAGUGAGUCACGUAUUCCAGUCAGCUGCCAUGCGGUUUGGCCACACACUGGUUACGUCAGGAGGUUAUCUUCGUACAGAGAAUAGCGUGGGUUGUCAGCCUGCAGCCACAUUCAGACUCAGUGCCUCUGAAUAUUCACGUAGGAUCACCGGUGUUAGGACUUGUAAUUCCUUCUGGCGUUCACCUGAAUUUUUCAUGAAAAAUCCAAGGAAUUUUGAUUGGUUUUUAAUGGGACUGAGUAGCCAAAGCUCAGAAAUGGAGGACAACAUUAUUGUUGAGGAUCUAAGAGGGAGUGUGUUUGGUCCCUUAGAGUUUUCUCGGCGAGAUUUGAUGGCUCUGAAUAUCCAGCGUGGACGUGAUCAUGGAUUACCCGAUUACAAUACUGCCAGGAAACAUUUUGGGCUUUCUACUCUAAAAUCAUUAGAAGUUGAAGAGUACAAGAGAGUAACUGGAACAGAGGUCAAUGAUGAUGUUCUGAGAAAACUAAAGUCACUGUAUGAGGAUCCAUCACAGCUCGACAUUUGGCCUGGAGGUCUUCUAGAGACAACCAAGGGUCCUGGCCAGCUUUUUUCAAAAAUUAUCCUCGACCAGUUUGAAAGAACUCGUGACGGUGACCGAUAUUGGUUUGAAAAUAAAAAAAAUGAUGCUUUUACUGAUGAAGAACGAUCUAGAAUUCGUCAGGUAAAAAUAAUUGAUAUUAUUCUGUCAAUCACAAACCUAGUUGCUGGAGAAGACAUUCAGGAAGAUCCAUUUACAGCUGUUCAUCCGGACAAUGAUAUUGGUGAAAAUUGCCAAAGAGCACUGAAUGUAACAGUCAACUGCACAUUGAUUAAUGGUAGUUCAACAACAUGUAAAUAUCUCCAACAAUUAUGGGACGAAAACACUGAAACGUGCACUGAAGUGGACACGUAUGAUUAUUUCAGUGGCUCUGAAGUAUCCUUUGUGUUAUCUUUUGGUUUGGUUAUCCUGGUGUGUGCAGGUUUGAGAGCCUAUGUGAUCAUCAAGGCCAAGAGGAUGAAAAGCAUUAAAGCUGUGAAGGAUAGUGAAAGGGUUUCGUUUGAUGAAUUGUCGCACAAAGCUAAAGAAAGAAUAAGUUACAUGGAAAGUCGAGAUGUGAUAGUGAAAUUUGACUCAGACUUGAAGAGAAUAGAGGUUUUGAGUAUGAAAGGAGAGCUGCUCAGGACUGUAGACUUCACAAACGUUGAAGUUUUAAUCAGACAUUCAGCACUUUUCAUGAGAAUGGUGCAUCAGGUUUCAAAUCAUUAUGAUCUGUUCCUGAUGUUCCAAGACGAGUUUUAUGCCUCGAAAUACAAAAUGGGUCUUGACAGUUUCUUUGAAAGAAUUGGGCUCGUUCCAAACUACAGGCAGGAGCCAAAGGAAAAACUUCGCUUACAUUUCACUACAGUUUAUGACCGAGAGAAGAAGUUGGAUGAGUUUUCAAGAGUUGUACUUUCCAAUGCUUUUGAUGUCUCCUCAUCUGAGGGAAAAACAGUCUUUCCAGAAGAAGAUGAUGUUCUUUUCAUAAAAAUAACAAAGACAGAAUUGGCACAUCAGCUUGGCAUGCUUCCAGAUUGUCUGUUUGUUAAACAGAUGUUCUCCAUCAUGGACAAGAAUAAAGAUGGCUUCAUAACCCUCCAAGAGUUCUGGAAUGUGAUGGUUGUGUUCGCUAAAGGCUCCCAAACUGAAAAGGCAGAGCUCCUCUUUCAAUUGUGUGACGUGUCUCAGACUGGUUCUAUAUCUUCUGAUGACUUUGCCAGUAUUCUGAGGUCCACCUUGAGUGCUGAUGGAGGAAACCAAGAUCUUAGCAAAGUUACUCGAAAGAUUUUAAAGUUUUUUGGUGCUGGUGAGGGUCAGCCAAUAAACUUCGAGCAAUUCAAGAGGUUUUUUGGCCAAGACAACUACAUCUUGGAAAAUAUGGGAAUUAACUUUGAAAGUAAAGUAGAAAGAAAGGCUUCCACCUUCAGUCUUUACAAAAAGCAGUGUCCUAAGAAUUUUACUCAAGAGGGAAGAGAGGAAAAUCUUUCGGUUAAUCCAGUGAUAGAUAUGGUCUAUGGUAUCUCAAACCAGCUAAGAAGUAAAGAACAGUACUAUUUCUGGAAGUCUCUGUACACAUUGGUUAUGAUUGGUAUCUUCAUAGAAAGAGCAUAUUACUAUUUGGUUGAGCAAGAACAUGGUGGUCUGCGACGGGUUGCAAGUGUUGGAGUCACUUUUACUCGAGGUGCAGCAUCAGCUAUGAUGUUUACAUAUUCAACACUUCUGAUCACUAUGUGCAGAAAUCUACUCUCAAAGUUAAGGUCAACAGCUCUUCACAGAUUCUUCCCUUUUGAUGAUAUGGUAUCUUUUCAUCGGUAUGUUGGAACAUGGGCCCUUUUUUGGACACUGAUGCAUGUGGUUGGCCAUGCUAUCAAUUUUUAUCACAUUUCUACGCAGACCCCCAUUGAUCUUGUAUGCUUGUUCAGAGACUUUUUUAGGAGAUCACACAUAUUGCCAAAGUUUCAUUAUUGGUGCUGGGAAACAAUCACUGGUAUAACUGGAGUAUUUCUGACGGUUCAGACAGCAAUCAUCUAUGCUUUUGCUUUUAAAAUGCGAAGACAUUUUUUCAUGUGGUUCUGGAUAACCCAUAAUACAUAUCCUAUAUUCUAUUUCCUGCUGAUACUUCACGGUUGUGGACGACUAGUACAGGAACCAUUUUUCUUGUACUUCUUCAUUGGGCCAUGCAUUGCAUUUUGGUUUGACAAGUUGGUUUCUAUGUCAAGGAGCAAGAUCAAAUUUGAUGUUUUGAGUGCUGUUCACCUUCCUUCAAACGUGAUUUUGUUGAAGAUUCGACGCCCUGCAAAUUUUAGUUACAAGUCAGGCCAGUGGGUGAGAAUUGCUUCACUAGGAAUUAGUGAGUAUGAAUAUCAUCCAUUUACAUUGUCUUCAUCCCCUCACGAGAAGGACUUGACAGUUCAUAUUAGGGCUGUGGGACCCUGGACAUACAAGAUUAAAAGUGUUUACCCUGACAAAUCACAGAUGCAAGAUGAUGAUAACUAUCAACAGAUUUACAUUGACGGACCUUUUGGAGGAAGCCAUGAGAUGUGGUGGAAUUUUGAAACUGUAGUCUUUGUUGCUGGUGGCAUAGGUGUCACACCAUUCUCCUCCAUUCUCAAAGAGAUUGCUCACAAGUUGAAAGGAUCAAAAAGUCUCCUCAACACCAAAAAGGUUUUUUUCUUAUGGAUAACCAGAAGUGAGAAGCAAUUUGAAUGGAUGUCUGAGAUACUCAAAAAAGUAGAAGAGGUUGACAGUAACAACAUUAUUGAUAUCCAUAUUUUUAUAACACAGUUCAAGUCAAAGUAUGACCUUAGGACAAUAGUGCUGUACUUGGCAGAGCAGCAUUUCCAGAGACUGUCUGGGACAUCUUUGUUCACUGGACUUAGAGCUAUUACACAUUUUGGCCGCCCAGAUUUUGAGUUGGUAUUCAAGUCUAUCCAAGACAACUGCAAUGCUAAAGUUAUUGGUGUUUUUACCUGUGGCGCUCCUGCACUAAGUGAAGCUGUAGAUCAAGCAUGUCACAACUUAAAUAGGCAAAGAACUUUUACUUGUUUCAAACACUAUUAUGAAAAAUUUUGAGAAUACAUGGUUUAGAGAAAAUCAGUUUUUUUUCUGGAUAUUAUUUAUACAUGUUGACAGGUAUGUGAAGUAGAAAUAGCAGUUGUUCUUAAUUUAGAAGAUAUUAAUUUUUUUAUUUCAUUAUUUGAAUUGUAGAAUAAAAUUCAGUUGGUUUUGUUUUCCAGUAUACCAUAACUUCUUUAUAAGUAAUUCCUUAAAUGGAAAUUGCAAUAGGUCAGUUAAUUUCAUUUUGCAAAGCAAUUAUAAAUAUUCUUUAUUAUAAAUAGCUGUAUGAAGCUAUUUAUUGUAAGAUUAUUCAGUAUAUUGCUAAAUGCUGCAACAUUUCCAGUUAAACAGAAAUGCAAUAUGAUUUUUAUAAUAGGACCUUAGUUUGAAUUUUGGAAAAUUAAGGCAUAAUAUGCUGGCUUAUUAUCUUAACAAAUCUGCCUUGAGUAACAAGGUCACGGUUAAAAUUAGCUUGUAAAUACAGUUUUGUUUUAGUAUUCCUGUGCCAUAAAAUUGUAAACAGGAACAUAUAUGAAGAGCUGUAUAUCAAAAUAAGUUUUUAAUUAUAUUUUAAGAUUUGUGCAUGCAUGUGUAUCAAAUGUAUGUAGAUUAUUCUCCCAACAAUAAAAACAUAUGUAUGCUGGUAGGAGAUUGUGAUAGUUGAAUGAAUGAGCACCAAUCCUUGAAACCUGAGCCAUGCUGGGAGACCUAGGUGAACAUGAAUGCUAGUAUGAAUUUCUCUACAGAAACAUUAUCUAUUUGAUGAAAGAUAUUAAUUUAAUUUGUAACUUAACAUUACCUUAAAAAAUGUUUUAUGUUCUUUGGUGUAAAAUUUAAUACGCACAGUAUUUAUCAAAAUCAUGAACUGUAGUACAGCUGUCCCUUGAAUUUUAGGUUUCUUAGUGACACUAGUUCCCUGUGAAAACUUAAAAUCCAUGAAGGAUUCUUGACCCGAAAACCUAAUGUCCUAAUACAAUGUUACUGUUGGCCAUAAACUUUACCAAUAUGUUAGGUAAACAGUUAAUUAUUUACCAAAUAAUAUACAAUUCAGAAUAGUACUGGACAAUACAUUACAGUAUUUUAUUAACAAUUUAUGGUUAGGGAGAGCAAAUACAUGUAUACUGUACCUUUACCAUAAUAAAUACAGUCAAACCUC